UGUACGGGUCAUGGCCUCAUGGGGACUAUGGAGUAGCAUAUUUCUGGCGGACAAGUGAAGCAUCCUCUCUCUCUCUCUCGGCCUUCUCCUCUUCUCAAUGCCCAGGAACUCUUGUGCAAAACUUCUAACGCUCACCGCUCUAUCCGGCUAUCUAAAAUCCAUCACAACCUGCAGCAUCUCUUGUUCCUUCUCUGAACUUUGUCUUGUUCUUGCCCCGGUUGGUAGUUUUUGCGCCGAGCCUUGAAGAUAUCGCGCUAGUGCUACAAGUAGAAAUCUCUUAAUCGCGGAGAACAAACCACAAGGUUCUUUGUUCUUGCCUCUGUUUCAGGUUUUUGCAUUCGAUGAUGUGUGAUUGACCGAGUGGCACCUGCACAAGCUUGCGACUGCCUUGGCCCUUGUUGGUUGAGUGCAGGUUGAGAGUUUAUCCAUUCCCGGAUGGGUAGGCCUAGAGGUGGAAAUGCUAAAAGACCGACCAAAGCUACGAAGAACGAGGACACCGAUGCCGGCAGCGGCGACGAGGAGGCCGUGAUCCCAGCCUACAAGAGGAGGGGAAGGCCACAGAAGCACAUCAAGGCCGACACUGACGAGGAAGAGGACGAUGCCAAGGUAGAGGAGGACAGUGACGGCGCGAAACCGAUCGUGCCGAGCAAGGGCGCCUCGGUUGAGAACGGAGGGAAGAAGAGGAGGAGGCAACCGAAGCGCGGCUGCGACCCGGCGAUGGAGGAGAAGGACGAACCGGUGAGGCAGAACGGGUUCCGGCAACACGGGAGCCGGCGGAAGAGCACCCCGCGGCGAGCUGCCGAGGCAGGGGUUGAGUGCAAGUAGUGAGGUUCGGAUGAACUAUGCGAGCCAAAACUGAUUGAUUUUUUUCUUUCUUUCUUUCUUUCUUUCUGUAUUGCCUUACUCUGUGUUGUAUAGAUCAAGUGUCCAGGAAUCUAUGCUUCCAUGGUGAUUUGCCUCCAUUAGCAUGAGCAUGCUAUGACUUGUGUAAUGCUAAUGAUAAGUUGCCGAUUGGCAUUAAGCA